UAUUAUUUUAAUGCUCUGAGACAAAUUCAUAAAACAUAAGAUUCGAAUAAGAUAAAAAGAGGAUUCGUUAAAUAAUAAUAAUCAUAAUUCUACUUAUAGUAGUAGCCCACCAAUAGAAGCCUUACCAGCGAAAAACACAGUAAGCAUACACAUGACGACGCUGCGUGUUAUGGAGCCACCUAACCCGAUGAAGAUAGUGGAGGUCGUUCGAGUUGCACCGCCCUCCGACUCGCAACACUCGGUGAGUCAAAUGUCUCUUCCCCUCACCUUCUUCGACAUCUAUUGGCUUAAGUUCCCUCCAACUCAGCGCCUCUUCUUUUACCAACUCACUCUUACUCUCUCUGAACCUCCCUCUUUCUACUCCUUCAUUCUCCCGAAACUAAAACGCUCACUCUCUUUCGCCCUCCCCCACUAUCUCCCUCUCACCGGCAACAUCAAGUGGGACUCCGAUUAUCCCAAACCCAUCAUCUUCUGCUCCACUUACGACGCCGUUUCCCUGACCGUUGCAGAAUCCAUCGCGGACUUCGCUCGUCUCUCCGGCAAUGGAAUCCCCCGGAAAGCUGUCGACUUACAUGCCUUAGCUCCUGAAUUAUCUGUAAACGAUCACGUUUCUUCAAUCAUCUCGUUGCAAAUAACUUUCUUUCCAAGUCAAGGAUUUUGCAUCGGCGUUACUACCCACCACGCAGUUCUUGAUGGCCACACAAUAACAUCGUUCGUCAAAUCGUGGGCUCAUAUAUGCAAGGCGCAAGAUCAAGAAAACGAUUCCUUGCCGCCAGAGUUAAUCCCCUGUUUUUCCCGCGGUGCCAUCAAGGACCCGGGAAGGCUCGAUGUGGCGCUCUUGAACAAAUGGAUUGCUUUAUCGGGAGGAGAUCAUGAUCCUUCAGAUCAUCGAAACAGCGGAAACCUCAAGUUGUUGCCGGUUCGAGAAGUUGAUCCUGAGUUUAUUCGAGUCAAAUUCGAGUUGACUCGUGAAGAUUUGAAGAAAAUAAGAGAGAGGGUACUUCGAAACGAGGUAAUUAUAAAGCACUACGAGCAAGAUCAAUCGCCUCUUCAUUUGUCAACCUUCGUCCUCACUUACGCGUAUAUGAUAACCUGCAUGGUUAAGGCCAAAGGUGGAGACAUCAGUAACAGAGAGGUUGUAAUUGGAUUCGCAGCUGAUUACAGAAAUCGCUUAGACCCUCCACUGCCAUUAACCUACUUCGGUAAUUGCAUUGGUGCAGAGAUGGAUUUUGGUAUAGCAAGAGAUUUCAUGGGGCAAAAUGGGAUUGCCAUUGCUGCAAAGAUGGUCAGUGAUAUGGUUUCAAGGUUAGGGACGAGAAGUCUUGAAAAGUUACCGGAUGUUCUAUCAGAUUUUAUGAACAAGGUUUCAAAUGCAAAUCUGCUUACAUUUUCAGUGGCAGGGUCAACCCGUUUUGGAGUUUAUGGGACGGAUUUCGGGUGGGGAAAACCCAAAAGUGUGGAGAUUGUGUCGAUUGAUGGUAAUGGAGCAUUUUCUAUGGCAGAGAGCAGAGAUGGGAAUGGAGGAGUCGAGAUCGGUUUCUCAUCGACUAGUAAUUAUAUAGAAAGAUUGACUGUCUUGUUUACCGAGGAACUAAACAGUGAUCUUUAGGCUACAACUUAAACUUUUACAAUUAGUCAAUAUAAACAUAACUUAAAAAGACUACUAGUAACCUGUUACUGUUCAACUCUGUUUUAUCGAGAUUGUAAUUAUCAAUAAUCUUGUAUUUAGAACUUUGUAAUUUUUUGCUUCUACUUC